GGGCUUGCUCUGCUCUGCUUCCCCAGUCAUGGCGGCGGCACCUGCUGCUGCUGCUGCUGUGGGGAGGGAGAGGGCAGAGGGGGGAGGGGACGUCCCCUCCCCCCCGCUGCCGCCACCCCCCCGCGGCCAGAAAGCAGAUGAUAUCUUUGUUGAGAUGACAAGAAAAGAACUUUGCACAGACACUUUCUGUAAAGUUUGUGGGGCUGUGCUGCAGUUUGAAUCACAACGAAUAGCACACUAUGAGGGCAAAAGGCAUGCACAGAAAGUCCGACUUUAUUUACAAAUGUAUAAUGAACAAAAGGACAGGCUGCACAUGAAUUUCCAGGAGAAUCCAAAUAUGGACAAAAAUAUGUAUUGCAGACUUUGCAACAUGAUCCUCACAUCUCCAGUUGUUGCUCAAUCACACUAUUUGGGAAAGGUCCAUGCCAAGAAAUUGAAGCAGUUGUCAGAUCAGACUCAGCCCUUAGAGGAUGUUCAGUCAGAACCUGAUUCCUCUGCAAUUCCAAUUCUGCCAGAGGCAUCUCUUGAAAAGAACGUGCAGCAGGAUGUUGAUUCUGAGGACCCAUCUUCAUCCUGCAGAACUGCUUUGGAUUUGGAUGAUCCAGAUAAGUAUUGCAAACUCUGCUCUGCACCCUUCAACAACCCACUUAUGGCCCAUCAACACUAUGUGGGCAAAAAGCACAAAAGAAAUGAAUUACGUAAGAAGUUGAUGGCUGAGAUAGGAACUCAGGUUAUUCCUGCAGAGUCCAAGGCCAGUGCACUUGGUGUAGGCAACUACAUAUGCCCGACGUGCAGUAUCAGCCUCACAUCCAUAGAGAUGUACCAGUCACACAUGCAAGGAAAUAAGCAUCAGGUUAAAGAAAAUAUGAUUGCCACAUAUCUGAUGAAGAACUCCAAGAAAACAUAUAGUUCCUUCCAAGAUGAACUGGCAGAUUACAUUGAAGUACAAAAAGCAAGAGGACUGGAACCAAAAAUUAAUUUUAGAAAGCCAGAGAAAGAAAGGAAUGAAGCCAUGAAUGGUCAUGAGGAGACCUUUGCAUCUAACCAAGAUUUUCUUUCAAGGAAUGUUUGGGAAUCAAAUCAGCAUUCCAUUUUUUUUCCAGAAGCGUGCACAUUUUCAUAUUCUGUUGAAAACAGAUUGCUACACUCACCAGUAAGGCUAGAAAAUGUUUGUAUGGCUCUAAACAGCACAGACUGUGGUUCUGAAAAACAGUUGACUACCUACAAAGACGACAGCCGCAAACCACCAUUGGCGGAAUCUAGUGAUGGCUACCAGGCUUUGUCUUCAAAGAAUAGCUCUAGUGCUGAUAGGAGAAGCCAAAAGCUGCCGAAGACAUCCAGAGCCAAAAAAGAAUGGCCACAAGAGGGAGAAGGAGACCCUUGCCGACAUCUUUUAACUCUUAAAAGAAAACAGUACAGUCACGAUACAGCGUUGGAAAAAGAUGGUAAGAAGAAAAAGAAAAAAAGUGAUAUAGAUUCAGUAGCUGGGUCAAAUUCAAAGCACAGGAAAGUAAAAGGAAGUAAAGCUGGCUCUUCUGAAAAGGAGAGCAAAAGACACAAGAAGGAGAAAAAGAAGUACGAAGCCGGUGGAGCCACAGAAGAGGAGAUGCUGUGGAAUGAAUCUGUCUUGGGAUUUUAAUUCAUUUUGUGUUUGUUGUAGCCUGAACCAUGACACAGUUUUUAUGUUUUACUUACUGGCUAUUUUUUAAAUUGCUCCUUCAGAAAUAAUGGGUGAUGGGGUUUGAGAUCAUUUGGGAAGAAAUUCAGAAACUCACCAAUACGCUUUGGAAUAUGAUUUAUAUUCAAAAGUGCCUCCACCCAGAACAAGACUGAACACACUAUAAAAUAUUAUGAAAUAUUCUUCCAACGUUUCAAAGUUGGUGCAGACAGACACAUAAUGUCUCUAGUCCCAUUAUAUAUGUAUUGUUGUAUACUUUUACAGAGAAUAUGGAAAUAUGAGAGGGGGCUGGAUUGUAUCCCAAGGAAAGUUUUUUUCUUCCUGCAGAUAAUAAAGAAAGAACUAAG